AUGGCAAUUGCUUUUAAGGAACAAGAAAGGCUAUUCAGCCUGUGUAAAGAGGUAGGUUCUUCCAAGUAUUUCCACUUAGAGAGGCUGUCAGUGGAAGGGGAUACCUCCAGCAGUACAGGCUACAUAAACCAAACAGCAGAAUUUCUUCUUUUUAAUAAUUUGCUCCUUUCUGUUCUGUUCAAUUCCUGCCAGACCGGUCCUGUUAUUGACAUGCCAGUGCCUGCCAGCUUCAAUGACAUCACUCAGGACCCCCACUUGGAGAACUACAUUGGCUGGGUGUGGUAUGAGAAGGAGGUGCUGCUUCCUCAGCGUUGGCUGCAGGACAACCUCAGCACCAGGGUGGUGCUCCGGUUUGGCAGUGCCCACUACUACUCCAUCGUGUGGGUGAAUGGAGUGCAGGUUGUGGAGCACGAAGGCGGCCACCUCCCUUUUGAAGCAGAUAUAAGCAGGAUUGUCCAGCGCAGCCCAGGGGUUCCCUGCCGCAUCACUGUUGCACUGAACAACACUCUGACGCUGCACACUUUGCCUCCGGGGUCAAUUCAGUACAUGAAUGACAAAACAAGGUAUCCCAAGAACUAUUUUAUACAGAACACCAGGUUUGAUUUCUUUAAUUAUGCUGGAAUCCAUCGCCCGGUUGUGCUUUACACCACACCUUCUGUCUACAUAGAUGAUAUUACUGUGACAACUACUUCAUCAGAGAGUGUUGCAAUGGUGCAAUAUCAGAUAUCGGUAGUUGGCAGCGAACUCUAUUCCUUGUCUCUGAGUUUACGUGAUCAAGACGGGAAAGUGGUUGCUACAGGCAGUGGGCCAGCUGGAGAGUUAAAAGUGCCAAAUCCAAACCUGUGGUGGCCUUAUCUGAUGCACGAGAGCCCUGGAUACCGCUACUUCUUAGAGGUGAGAUUGCAGGCUGAGGCCAGUGGCGUGCCGCAAGAGGACGUCUACACACUGCCGGUUGGCAUCCGCACCGUUCACGUCACCAGCACGCAGUUCCUCAUCAAUGGAAAGCCCUUCUAUUUCCACGGGGUCAACAAGCACGAGGACGCGGAUAUUCGUGGCAAAGGCCUGGACUGGGCGCUGAUUGUGAAGGACUUCAACCUGCUGCGCUGGUUGGGGGCAAACUCCUUCCGCACUAGCCACUACCCCUAUGCUGAGGAGAUCAUGGACCUGUGUGACACCUACGGCAUCGUGGUGAUCGAUGAGUGCCCAGGAGUGGGGAUUAAGAUGCCUGAGAGCUUUGGGAACAAAUCACUACAGCAUCAUCUCGUUGUGAUGGAGGAGCUGAUCCGCAGGGAUAAGAACAGGCCCUCAGUUGUGAUGUGGUCAGUAGCCAACGAGCCAGCAUCAGAUCUGCCCCCAGCUGCUUACUACUUCAAGACACUGAUAGCUCACACUAAAGCUCUGGAUCCCUCUAGACCUGUAACAUUUGUGUCUGAUACUAAUUACGCUCUUGAUCACGGUGCUCCUUACGUGGAUGUAAUCUGUGUGAACAGCUACUUCUCCUGGUACCAUGACUCAGGCCAUCUGGAAGUUAUUCCACUGCAACUUACAGCACAGUUUGAGAACUGGUAUAAAACCUACCAGAAACCCAUUAUCCAGAGUGAAUAUGGAGCUGACUCCAUUCCCGGACUUCACAGUGACCCACCUGCUAUGUUCAGUGAGGAAUAUCAGAAAGCUUUGCUGAAAGAGUACCAUUCUGUUUUUGACAAAAAGAGGAAAGAGUAUGUGAUUGGGGAACUCAUCUGGAAUUUUGCUGAUUUCAUGACUAAUCAAGGGAUCACACGUGUUUUGGGGAACAAGAAAGGAAUAUUUACCCGCCAACGACAGCCCAAGUCAGCCGCAUUUGUUCUGAGAGAAAGAUACUGGAAGAUUGCAAAUGAAUCAAGCUGUCUUCCUCCUAUAAUAAAAUCACAUAUCCACUUUCUAUAACGAAAUGAAAAGGCAUUAACAGCUGGGUACUGUUGAACUUUUUAAUUAAAUUCCUGUUUAAAUAAUA